AUUUAUAGAUUUUAUAUAUAUAUAUAUCAAUAAUUACAUUACAUUUUUACAUUAUGUCACAUUUCAUGAGAAACAUGAUAAAAUAUUAGAGGAAGGAGGGUAGAAAAGAGAGAUUUAAAGCAUUGCAACUCUAGUCGUUAUGAAAUAAAAUUAUACAUCGAUUGACAAAGUUGUCAUAUAUUUUUAUAAAGAUUAAUUAUAUUUUUUUUACAAAAAUAACAUUUUCAAUUUAGUUAUAUUUGUGUUCGGGAAAGUUUCCAUGCGACAAUGCCCACGGUCUGAUCGCAGGCUCAUUGGAAAAAGUUUAUGAGGUACGGUUUCAAGUGACCUGAGCCUCUAGCACGUUUAGGUCGUUAUAAAUCCUUGAUCUUUUGAUUGAUCUUUGUUCUACACCUAACGUGACAUAAAUCAGCGCAUUAACUUUCCCGAAUAUCGGCGUAAUGUUUGGACAAGGUUUGGUAGACGACGAACGUCUAUGCCACAUCUUUGGACCAACAAUUUCCCGAAGCCGAUGGAAAAGAAUCAAGGAAACUUUCCCUGCUUUCCAUUGGCUUGCAAGCAGAAUUCACUCGACUUCAAUACAGUCAAGUUCUCGCUCCACGUGAAAAAAUACAUUGGACUACGAACACUCGUCUACCACGUUCCAGAACCACACCGAAGGGAAAUAUUCCUUUGAUAAUCAGGCGCGCGAGAUAACAAAUGUGUAACAAUUUGAUGAACUAAUACAUUCUUUUUGUAUUGAUUAUACAAAUAGAAGUUUUAAAAGAAAAAGUUAUCAAACUAAAAAUCAAGAAGAACUAAGGACAAUUUACAUGUUACAGAAUUAUUAAAUUCAUAUACACAUUUAUCUUUUUGUACAACAUUAUCUUUUUCGAGAUAAAAGGAAAUAACAGAUUGUUUUACAGUAAAAAAUUCCAAUUGAAAUUACAUAUGUCUGAUAAUAAUCAAAGUAAAAAUUAUAAUUUAUUAAACCAUAACAGUACACCUUUGAUUAUGAAGUAUGCCUUAAGAAAACUACAUAAUAAUAGAAGAUCACAAUUAAAUAUAACACAUAAAAAUGAAAAUACAUUUAUGAAUGAUUGUCACACAAAUGAUAUUCUAAUAAGAAAUGCAUUUAUGUUAAAAAAACCUAUGGUAUUAUUGCAAAGACUUUCUGAUAUUAUAAAAUCCUCAUCGCCUUUAUCAUCAUCUAUGAUAAAUAUAUGUGUAAAUGAUCAAUUUAGAAAUAGUAAUAUAAACGUCCAUCCCAAAGUAUUUAAUACCAUAUUUAAUCAUUCGCAAAAAUCAUUAAAAUUGAGUGGUGAAGGAAAGAUUACAUAUCGUAAGAAGAGUAAAGAGAUACUUUUCCAAGAAAAAUCUCCGCAUGAUAAAAUAGUUACAAUGCAUGAAUUUGGUAAUGCAAAUGCAGUAUCUUUUACCCCUUUUCUGUCUUCUACACCAAAAGACAAAGAAACACCUAAUGAUGCCAAAAAAAAACACGAUACAAGAAGAACAUCAUAUAAUGAAUCGAACAAGAGUAAAAAAAAUAUCUCACUAACUGUAGAAGAAAAUCAACAGGAAGUAAAGAAAAAAGAUGCUACCUAUGAACUCAUUGAGCCUGAAACUCCAAAUUUACGGAGAAGGUUGCACGAAGAACGAAAUGCCAAAAAAGAGAAUUUUGAUCAAAGGGUAACAAUAAAGAAUUCUAAAGUACAUUUUUCAAAUCGUUUGUCAGAUAGAAAUUAUGAAUAUAAUUCCGCACUUCGUACAAGUAACAAUGAAAAAAAGCAAAUGAAUAAUUUUGCGACCAAUACGCCUAAAAAUAGUUCAAAAAAGAAUAUUUUAAGGUCACCAAUUCAUAGAUCAAAUUCCAUUAAAGAUUCAAUACCCUCUACAACGAAGAAAGUUCCAAAUUUCGCUAAAAUUCAUAAAAAAAUGUUCGCCAAAUCAGAAUCGAUUGUUGAUGUAAAAAAACGAAUAAUAGACAGACAUACUAAAAUGACCGCACUCAAAAAAAAGCACAAUUCAGAGAAGGAAAGAUUGAAUUCACAGGGAAAAAAUCAGUUAUCUAAGAAGUCGAAUGAAAAUUCUUCCAAUCAACUUGGAUUAAAGAUAAGAAAAAACGAAGCUACCGAGUAUAUCUUAAGAAAUAAGAAUAAUACUUCACAUUCAGCAAAAAGCAAAGAACAGAACAGAGCUAUUUUGAAGGGUGUGAGAACAAAUCGACGUUUUGAACUUCAGAUGAAAUUUAGAAAUAUGAAUCAUUAAAAUAUAUAUAAUCUUUCUCUUGCUCUCUUUCUCACGCUAGAUAAUACGUUUCAUUAUAAGAAAAGUUUUUCCACUCUGUUUACUUCAUUAUACUUUACAAAUAAAUAAAUAUAAUAUA